AUGGAAGUUGAUCAAUUAAAACCGACUAAUGGAUUAUUCCCAGAAGACGAUGAUGAUGGGGAAAAUCGAAGUGAAUUCCAGUCUCAAGUACAGUAUGACAAAAAUAAUUACAUUUCUGGGCCGGAGCGUGUGGAAAAUGGAAGUGUCCCAAUGAAUAUAUUAACAUUUGAUCACUCCUAUGGAUACGACUGCCGCAGACAUUUCAAUCUUUGCGUUCCCGACCCGAACACAUUGAUUUUUUCAUCCGGAGCUUUCAUCAAUUUUUUCGACGUUGAAAACAGUAAACUAACAUUUCAAAGAUGCUCAACGGGCCUUGGAAUAGGUCACAUAGCGAAGAAUCCCAAAGAAUUUCACAUAGCUGUUGGUGAAACCGGAGAUAAACCUCCAAUAAUAAUUUACAAAUGGCCAAGUAUGGAUAUAGUAACGAUUUUACAAAAUGGAACGAAAAAAAAUUAUUCCCAUUUGGCGUACAGUCCAGACGGUAAAUUGCUGUUGUCCCAGGGCAGCAGUCCUGAUUACUCAAUAACAGUAUGGAAUUGGAUAAAAUCGAUGCCCCUGUUGAGAUGCAAGUCUUACGAGCAGGAAAUUUACAACGCAAUUUUUUCGCCAACUGUUCCUGGACACCUAGUGACGAGUGGAUCUGGCCACAUUAAAUUUUGGAAAAUAUCGAAGACCUUCACUGGGCUGAAGCUAGAAGGUGUCCUAGGAAAAUUUGGUAAAACUGAAAUUUCGGAUAUAGUUGGACUCUACUCGAUGCCAGAUGAGAAAAUAAUAUCUGGGUGUGAAUGGGGGAAUAUUCUCGUGUGGGAGGAGGGCCUCAUAAAACUAGAAGUGAGAAGAAAGAACAACAGGCCGUGUCAUUCAAAGAUGAUUACGCAGUUUGAGUACUGCAAUGGGGACCUGAUGUCCAUUGGCAUGGACGGAUGGCUGAGGGUGUGGUCUUAUGAGACGAUAGAUCAGACCGACGCAUCUCAAGAUAAAGGAUUCAUUGAAAUCGAACCGAUUAACGAAUUCGAAAUAAAUAUCGAGAAGAAUGUUUUCGACACAGGGUCAACGUCUUCGAUGAUUAUGGCGCUCGAGAAGAAAUAUCCGGAGGACAGCGAAGACAAGAAAUGGUAUGGGCAGGAUGGCAAUGGGGGCUUGUGGCUCAUUGACUUAUCAACGUUCGACGAAGCUGUCAAUAGUGACGACAAAAAAUUCCCGAAUGCCACCAGACAAUUACUGAGAUGUCAUGCCGGUCCUGUCAUGGAUAUGACUGCUUGCACUUGGAAUUGCCUCGUAGCUACUAUCGGAUCUGAUUGUCAGCUUCACGUCUAUAAUUACGCAAAUAGAAAACUCGUUGGUGCUCACAGAUUUAAUGACGGAGGGUCUGCAGUCAUUUGGCUGCCGUGCUCUCUCGAUAAAACUGGUUCAACUAUCGUUUGUGGGUUUCAUACCGGAGUUAUUCGAGUUGUCACUGUUGGAUUCAACGAUAAUUCAGGGCAUGUCGAAUUAAUUCAAGUUGUCAAGCCGCACACCGACGAAAUAACAGCGAUUGUUGCAAAUCCCCCGGCUAAAUUAUUGAUAACUGGCAGCAAAGAUUCAACUAUUUUCUUAUUUUCUAUUGAAGUUCAUGAGUUCAUCAAUCUGACGCCAAUCGGCUUCGUAGAAAUCCCGUCGGCUGUGACCCGCAUCACUUGGAAGCCGAAAAAUUCAUCAACAAUUUUAAUUGGCUGCGCGGAAGGCCAUUUCGGUGAGAUUCAGGUGCCAGAAAAAUUUCCAUCGAAUGAUGAACAUCGCAAGACUUAUCGUUUGGACGAGUAUCGUGCGAAAUUUCUCAAAUUUCGGUCGGUCAAGUCUGCCCUCAGACGGGAAAUGGUGAGACAAGAGAAUGAAAAAAAAGUGAUGGAAAAGCGAGAGGAAAUGAGGAAGAAACUCGAUGAAUAUAGAUCGCUCAACCCUGGAAUUGAUGUUGAUGAGGAGACAUUUCUCGAGGAAGUUGAAGAGCCUCUUCAACUUCCUGAGCUUUAUGUACCGAGGGAACCGAAUCCGGUGCAGAAUAUUAAUUACACUAAUGCAGGGUCUGUCUGGCUGUCUGUGGGGGGAUACGACGCAGGCUAUAUUUAUGAAUAUCCCAGCAUCACUGGUGAUGAUGAUGAGGAAUCUGUCCGAGAAGCCGAGCCCCUCAGAGCUACACCACUGCGAGACGCUGAAGACUUGGAAUUGAAAUGUUCUCUGUCUCACAAGGAUUCAUUAAUUUUCCUGGGCCUAGAGCACGGACAACUUCGUAUUUGUCGGGUAGAUCCUGAAGAUUACACGAAUUUUUCAGACUAUUUAAGCUAUCCUGCGCACGACUACUAUCGUGGCGAUAUGAAUAAAAUAUUACUGAGUCAGGACGAGAAGUAUUUAUUCACAUGCGGCUGUGACGGCAAUAUUUUUUCAUUUCGCGUGAGCUUCGGGGAAGAUCGAUCAGUUGGAAAAAUUGAAUUCGAAAAUAAUGAUAGGAAUGCCCGGCCGGCGCGGAAGAAAGACGUUGAAGAUAUCAGAGACGUGAAUUAUCCGAGCUUAGAACAAGUGAUAAUAACGACUGAGUCCAAUAGGAUUAUGUCACUGACGAAGAAAAAUAGAGACGAUGUGUAUUAUUUACUGAGAAAUUUCACUAAGGAUUAUCAGGGAAUUAUGGAACGAAACAGACAGCUGAUAAAGUCGCAACAGAUUCCUCCGAGUGAUUUCAAAUUGGACGAUCGGAUCGUCGAGGAUUUGAAUUCUCAAUUGAAGUGUGAGAUGGAUUUGAUAGAUCAGAGAAUGGCUUUUAAAAUUGAAAGAAAUCAACUGAUUCUGAGGAAGUUGAUGGAUCAUUUUGUGCUGCCAAUCACUUGUCUUCCGUUUGCUGUUUCCAGAAUAUCUAAACCGGAGACAAUGAUCCACUCGGUGAAGGAAAAAAAAUUGAGCGAAAACUUCCAGGCUGAAUAUGCCGACGUUCUACAGAAACUUUCACGAGCUAAGGAUUCAGAAAAGUAGUCGACAAUGGCUGAUGAGAGUGACGAUCAGGGAGAAGGAGCAGGCAAAGGAGACCAGGAAGAGAAACUGAAAAUCGAUGGUGUAGCUAGUUUCCUGCAAGACCAGAAUUUCUUCUCAGAUGAAGAAAAAUUAACGGCAGAAAUGAAGCAAAUGUUGAGGAGAUAUAAUGACAAAAAAUUGCAAAUAGAAAGGAGAUCCAAGGAAUGGAAAAUAAUGCACGCGAGUAAACCAGAUCCCAAUUCCGAUCAUCCUGACGACAUACGAAAUGUUGAAAUUGCCAGAAAAACAAUCGGCGAUUACAAGUUGAAAAUUUCCUCGAACUAUGACAUGGAGGGUCAACGAGAGCGAGAAACAACGCUGAGCAAAUAUAAACAAUUGUUAGAUUGUAGGAAAAAAUGUCAUUAUUUGCGCGAGUCAUUCAAUGAUAGAUUGAGAUUUAUGAGAGCGAAGAAAUUAUCGCUGAAAAGUGAAAUUGAAAGUUCAGUGGAAAAAAAACUGAAUGCAAUUCACGCAGAAAUCCCAAAGCACUAUAUAAGGGAAAUGCCAGAAAUGAGAGCCAUUGAUGCUUCGCUCGAAUUUCCAGAAAAUAAUUUGAAGCUGGAGAAAUACAUUUCCAUGGGUGAAAAAGUAAAGGAGGCACGCAGGCAGAAACAAUCAAUCAUCGACGAAACAAUGCAACAAGCUCUCGAUGACGAAUUUAAAACUAUUUUACCUGACGAAAGCCUCUUCGAGUACUAUUCAGAUUUAUUACCAACUUCUCUAAACAUUAAGGAGAAAAAACGAAUCAAGCAAGUUGACAUUGCGAUCCCGAAUCAUGUCCAGAAGAUGAUGCAGGAUUAUGACAGGAAAAUAACUCCGUGGGAGCGGGAGAUGAAGGCAGUGCGAUUGUCAAGAAAGCUUUAUGAACAGGACUGUAUAAUCAAAGACAUUGAAUCGAGAUACGAAGACAUUGAUCGAGAACUCGAUGAAUUGGAGUCCAUGAGACUCCAGGUCUACGCAGACGGCGUCUACUCUGAUUUAUACAAAUUAACACUGCAUCAAGAAUUGAUAGUUCUCCGAGACUCCGAGAGAACUGAGAAUUCUCUGAGGGAAAAGCUGAACACAAAAUUACAGGAUAAGGCAGUCGCGCUUGAUAAACUCCAGUCGAUGAUGAGAAAUAUUGAUAAAAAGAACAGAGACAUAAAAAACAUUCAGAAUAAAAUGAAGGAGCAAACUGCAUAUUUUGCAAGUGCGACACAGGACAACAAAUACGCCAAAUUUCUGACGAGGAUUUUCAAGAAAAAAGUUAAAAUCGGUGUGGCGCAGCGGUCAGAGAGCUCUAGCCAAAUGAGUUCCGAUAGUUCCGAUGAAACUAGUACGGAUCAAGAUGAUAGCGACAAUAGUAGUGUCGACAUUCAUAAAAUUGCAUUAACAACGUUCGACGAAAGCGUUUGCCCCCCUGACUGCUCUCGAGAAUUGUACGAUCUGGCAUUUUCUAUGCGGCUGAAGCGUCACGAUAACGAAAAUGAAAUUCGCGAGGAACAAAAAAAUGUGGAGUCUCUCCUGCGGGAAGUCGAUCACGAUUCUAAAAAAAUUAAAAUCAUCGAGACAGCUGUGAACGACUGCAAACAGACAUUGAAUAAUUUUAUGCACGAGAAGCAAUGCAGAUUGAAUGACAUCGACAUGACUUUAACUCUGAAUUUUCAUCAGCUUGAACAUUUCGUUGAUGACGAUAAUUUAUCCAAAAUGUUCAACUGCGUUGUGUUUGACACGACGAGAUUAUCUCAAUUGUACAGAAGAGUUGGGGAGCUGCAGCAGGAGACGUGCGAGCAAAAAAUGAGGCACAAAAAAAAUUGCACGCAUCUUCAUCGAAUGAACAUCGACUGCAAAUAUAUGAACAGUCAGAUUAAGAGGCUCAAGAGUUGUGUCGAGGAAGAAAUGCUCAAGAAAUUUGGCUGCCCGAUUUCACUGGCUUCGCUUUAUGAGGCUGUUGUGCGCAGGCUCAUUUACAGUAUGAAAGCAAAUAUGACUGAUAAUUUGAAAUACGAAAGGCAGUUCAAGUGCCUGAAGGAGAGGUACGACGAGAAUAUUUUGAUAUUGGAAAAUCUUGUCAGAGAUAAUACGGAGAAGUUGAGCGUUCUCACUGUUUUAACGGAAGAGCAGAUGAGGUUUCAUAAGAUUAUUAAGAAGUGGCCGGAGACGUCGAAGAAUAUAUUUCAAAGUGAGCUUGAGUGGCGGAAGGAUCUGGCGCACCUCGAAGGAAUUAUUGUGAAUCAGAAAGAGCAGAAGGAAUUUUUCCGCAGCGACGUGAGGAAUUUGAAACUCAAGAUACGCUCGCUGCCUCCGGUCACGUCGCGAAGGAAAUAUCUUCCGAGUAUUAAGAAAAUUUGCAGUAAGAGUGAUGAUGAACAGGGUGCAUCCGUCAGGGAUGAGACUUGGCAGGAGAAAAAAACCGCAAUAUCGGAAAUUUUUAAGGAUAAAAUUCAUGAUUCUGCACUUCGCAUUGUCAGAAAUUUGUUAUCUAAAAUUAUUCAACAAUAUGUGGAGCGCGAAGAAGCCAAGAGUAUAGUUGACCAAUUUUUCAAUGAAAUUUCGAAGAAGCAUUCAAACAUUUCGACCGACUUCAUCGAUAGUUUCAUGGAGAUCUGUGAGAAAAUUGAAAAGAGAAUUGAGGAAAUUUCGACAAAGGCUGGAAUUUCCGGAAAAAUACGAGACAUUAUUCUGGAAUACGCGAAUGAAAUAAUUUCACAACUGGAAAUUGAGUCGCGGGGCAUUGGAGUCGGUUCUGUCGAAAUAUCUUGGAAUGUAAAACCGAAACUCGACGAGUUCUUGGAAAGUAUGGAAAUUAAAAAAGACAUUACUACGGAGGUUUACAUUAUGAAAUUUUUGAAGAUGGAAAUGGGUUUAGAACUCGCUACGGACUAUGUUUUAACGAAAUUGUCGACGAAACCCGAUUCAGAGACAGCCAUUGCAUUUCGUGAACACGCGUCCAGGACGCUGAGAGAAAUUCAAAAGCAUAUCGAUGGAGAAUCCGAGACUGAAACAACUGCGAAGAGUUCAAACUCUGGUUUGUAGAGUUUUUCUCGUCGUUCUACUUUAAAUAUUCGACAUUAUAAAGAAAACAUGGGGGUGAAUCUCUUUAUAAAUUUUUAUCAACAUACAUUAGCUUUCGAGGUGGAAUUUUUUAAUCAACUAGUACUUUCUAUGGUCCCAGAGUAUUGUACAAAUAUUAUUGAAUAUAAUUAUGAAGAAAUUAGAAGUCAGCAUUGCAUUACAACUCGAGACGGUUUUCAAUAAAACCGAGAGCAUCACUGGAGUUCACUCUUAAACUUAUUUUAUAUUUCAUCCUUUUGUAUCGAAGGGAAUCGUUGCUCUUUAGUCAGAAAUAAAUAAACUCAAGUAUCUUAGAGUGCUGAGAUUGAGUCCACAUUACUCGACCAUUCUACUGUACAUAACAUUCUCAUAACUGUAGAUGUAGCUUAUAAUAUUGUGAUAAAUUGAUAAGUCACAUAAUCAAGUCUAUAUUGUACUUUUGUAUUUGAUAAUAAAAAACUAUGGAAAG